AUUCAACUCUUUAGAUUCGUUGAAAAGAUGGCGACACCUGCCGCACUGCACUCCUCGUUAAAGUAACUGUUUUAAAAUCGGUUGGCCUGUCUCUCAUUUACACCAAGCCCUUUUUAUCCCAGUGUAAAGGGGCCUUAAUGCAGGUGUACCUGUAAUUUAGUCCCGUAUUAAGGCCCUUUUACACGGGUGGUGUAAGUGAGAAUCAGGUCCUUUGACAACGUCACUUGAUUAGAGGACAUCCUGGUUUUAGAUUGCCGCGAGGCUGGGGAAGAUGGCGACAGCCGGUCAAACCUUUGCAUACCUGGUGGUGCUCAUCGGCUUACAAGCUUACGAGGCCACAGAGGUGCCGAACGAUCAGGUGAAUGGGAUUGUCCAUGGCACGGUGUAUCUAAACCCCAAACUGAUAGUCCCAUUGGAAUACACGCAGAUCAUCUGGUGGGUCAAUGAGACCCAAAAGAUCCUGACUAAAAAAUGGAAUCAAACGUUUUACCUCAAUGGCUCUUUUCAUAAUAAACUGCAUUACCACGAGAAUCACACUCUGGAAAUUGUCCAGCUGCAGAAGCGAGACAGCGGCAUCUUCCGGAUAGAAGUGGAGGACACCCAGAGCAAGACGACAAAUGAACGUAUCCAACUGAACGUGUACGAGCCCGUCCCUAAGCCCAGUUUUAACGUCACUAUCAGGGCCAACGAAGAUGGAUGGUGCAAUGUCACCCUGGAGUGCACAGUGAACGCCGCCCAAGUGGCCUACCACUGGUACAAGAAUGAAAAGGAUUUUGUGGGCAAAAAUAGCAGCACACUGGACGAUCAGUUAAAGUCAGAAAGUCACGCAUCUUACAAAUGCGUCGUCCACAACCCCGUCAGCGAAGAGGCGGGCUUGGUCUAUUACAGGAGCCCUUGCACAUGGGAUGAGAAGAACUCAGCCGUGCCCUUGUCCCUGGCUCGGAAGACCGCCGAUUCCAUCCUGGCGUUUGGAUUUCUCCUCCUCGUCCAUAACUGGGUCUAGGGCUGCCAUUCCGGUGAAAGCCAAGGGAACGCAACGAUCUCCUCGAUUGCCUGCGCUGGUCCGUUCCCGGGCAGACCUGAUGAAACACACAAGACCAAAACGAACUCCUGAAAUAACUCUGUUAGACAGAUAUCCACCAUCUUGGCCAGCAUACUGGGGAUUGAACCAGGGACUUAGAGAACUAAGGAGAAGAUGAUGUUGCAGAGACAAGGCCCACUUCUUGGGUGCUAUAAUAGCCUCACUUUCUCUGCAGAUGGAGGGGAGGGUGUGGGGAGGGAUCCUGGCUGUUUGCUGGAUAAGAACAAAGGCCCUAAGUCAGUUUAAAUUCAGGCUAUUUAUCCAAAAGUCCUUCCUUUGUUUGUUGGGAUCUGGAGAAUCAGUUUAAAAGUGCAGCCGCUCCAGGUUGCGGGCAUAGUUGCCAACUUUCACGCCAUAAAUAAGCACCCUGACUUUCACAAUAAACCAAAAAUCAAGCUAAUCCCAUUUCAAAACAAGGCCAAAACAAGCCAAUCCCUAAGUACCUCAGCACUCUAUGUGACUAGGUCCCCCCGGCAUGCAGUCUGGGACUGUGGUGGGCCCACUGUGCACCCCUGACUCUCUCCCCACCUUGCCCCUGUUUGCCCCUUGCCCCCCUUUACGCCCCUUUGCCCCUGCUUGCUGGGAGCAGAUUAAAAAAAAAAAAAAGAAGCAACAAGCUACAAGCCAAAAACUAGCCAACAAGCAACUCGCAAGCCACUUAAGCCAAAGACAAGCCCAAUUUCUGUGGGUUUUUUUUCACGGGUUGGGCAUGACUGGUUGUGGGACCUCUUUGGAGGUGUUACAACCUGAGGGAUUUUGCAUAACAACCCCCCACUGUUCUGAGUACCUGGAGAAGCUGUGGCCUCCCUUCCCGGAGGGAAUUGACAUACAAGCCAGAGCUGCAGAAGAGCUGGUCUCUCUCACCAACAGAAAUGGGUCCAAUAAAAGAGAGAACCUGCCUCACCUUGUCUCUCACACCAACUUGUCCCUGGCACACAGCAAUACAUAAACUUAAUUCAAGAAGGUUAACCUGUAUUCAGUAGGGUUUGUCCAGGAAAUUGCCACACCUGUGACAAAUUAUGAGGGACCUGGGAGAAAGGAAACAGACCAAGGAGAAAGAAAUAUCUGGGAAGCCUGCAGAGAGGUGAGGGCAAGGAAGGCUCUCUUCACAACUGGGGACGAGCUGGGAGAAGGCGACCAAUGUACUUCCUCCCAACAGAGGAAAGCUGCAGACUCCUGUUUUAAGGAGAGAGGUAACAACUGCCUGAAUUAACCUGCUCCAGGAGGAGGGUGGGGGUUUCUGCCACAAGGAGAGACAGAGGGGUAGCCCAGGCUGGGAACAGGGCUCAUGGGGUGGGCUUCAGAACAACUCCAAAAGCCAGGAGAACCUCUGCUUUAUUAAAGAUGUUUGUUCUGGACUAUUUGGCACCAGCUUUUAUUAGGAAUCUCGCCCCCUGGGGAGUAUUAUUGAGUCAAGAGGCCUGAAGUGGAGUUACUGGGUUCCUGAGAAGGGAAACUGAGGCAGGGAAUGCCACACUUAGCCAGAAGUGGGUGAUGCUGCAGGGCAGUCACACCCCAGGACAGUAACAAAAGGGGCAGAAGCAUGAAAGAAAGAGUGAGCAGGAAACAAACAAAUGCUCAUGGCUAAGCUGCCAGUGUAAUGGUGGUGCCCACAACUCACGCUGCUUGCUACUUCGGGGAAAUCUCUCUGUCUGAUUUCUGACUUUGGUGUGAAGUUAUGAACUUGCUGUAUGUACCUUUACCGAUAUGGAGCAGCCUCUUGGCGUCUCUGUUGUCCUUUCAACUCCAUGUCGGAGCAUUAGGGGGUAGGGGCAGCGGCCUAACAGUAGGGGUCAUUUAACUUAAGUGCUCAGCCAUUGAAAUGUGAUCACUCUAGACAACGGACUGGCUCCAAACUAGGCUAGCUGGGGUGAGGUUGCCUGGCAGUGAAGACACCUAUUGAGGGUGACAGAGGACUCACCUGACAGAGGAGACUGGAAGGUUAUAAAAAGGGAGGCACUGAUCGAGUUGGGGAUCGUUCUUCCUCAGCUCAAGAAAGAUGGGAGAGAAGUCCUGCUCCUUCCCUAUGUGUUUACAUAUUUAAUGCCAGUGGCCCUCCAUUUCUGGUCCUUCCUGUAUGCAACCUGGUGCUUAGACUAAAUAAAUACCUACAAGGUCA